AAGAAAAAAAGGUCGAAGGGGAAGUAAUUUCUAGAAUGUGGUAGACCGCCGCCAUAAAUUCCGAUUCUCCUCUCUAAAUCGGGAGAGGAUCGAAUCUGAGUCCGCGCCUUAUUUCUGUUGAAGGGUCGGAGCAUCUCCGUCUUCCUCCUCCGCUCAGUGAUUGUUAGGUUGAUUUGGUCACUAAAUUCGCUGACACUACUUCAAAUUACUCGAUAGUAGCCCAGACCGAUGGCAGAGGAGGGUCACCGAGUUUCAUUGAACAUUUACGACUUGAGCCAAGGCCUUGCUCGGCAACUCUCCACAGCUUUCUUGGGGAAAGCAAUUGAAGGCAUUUGGCACACAGGGGUCGUGGUUUAUGGGAACGAGUACUACUUUGGGGGAGGAAUCCAACACGCCCCCGUUGGGACGACUCCUUAUGGGACACCGCUCCGCAUUGUAGAUCUCGGUGUCACUCAUAUCCCACAGGAUGUCUUUGAGACGUACUUGGAGGAAAUCAGCCCUCGGUACACGGCUGAGACCUACAGCCUUCUCACGCACAACUGCAACAACUUCAGCAAUGAGGUGGCGCAGUUCCUGGUUGGGGCAUCCAUUCCUGACUACAUCCUACAGCUCCCUAUUGAAGUUAUGAGCAGCCCAAUGGGUGCUUUGAUUUUGCCUAUGAUUCAGAACCUGGAGACAACACUCAGAGCAGGGGCAGUUCCUCAGGUACCGCAAUUCAAGCCUCCUUCCAUGACCUCGCCUUCCUUGAAUCCCUCAGCUGGUCCGGCUAGUUCGGAAAAGAAGGCAGCAGUGCCCCAGCCGCCUGAGGCCGACAAAGAGAGAGAAGAUAAGAAACCCGAGUCCAAGGAGGCAAAGGCAUCAUCAAAUGGAUCGGCCAGCUCUGCAGCUCAGGAUGGAAGUGCAGUCCCAGGAGAUCCUCUCGGAAGCGCUCGGAACAAGGUGCAGGAGGAGAUCACGGCUGAGUUUGUGGCUCUCAUGGCCAGUGGGACUCUGAGAGCUAGUGAGGCCGCAGCCUUAGCAACAAAGAAAGUGAUGCAGAGAUAUGGGCACAUGAACGUUGCCCAGAGUUGAAACUCUUUGUUUCAUUUUUUCGUUGCCUGAUAUAUAAAGUGAGCUAUCAUUGUAUUGUCUCCUCCACAAAUUGUGGGGUUGAGAAGUGUACUAAAAUUGGAUUCCUCUCCUUCUGUCAUCUAUGAGACCAUUUGCUCUUUCAUUAA